AUGACCGCGAAGGACAAGAAAUCGUUUAUAACGAUGGAGCCCAAUGACACGAUACGUUUUGUCGGCGACUUUAACAGUGAAAUCAAGACACAUCUGAAGAUUACUAACAAGAGUGACAUGAAGCAGGCAUUCAAAAUACGUUUUGUCGGCGACUUUAACAGUGAAAUCAAGACACAUCUGAAGAUUACUAACAAGAGUGACAUGAAGCAGGCAUUCAAAAUAAAAUGUACGCGGAACGAUCUAUUCAAAAUUCGACCCGCAACAGGGAUUCUGGACUACAAUCAAACGUCGAACAUCACCCUCACAUACAAGCCAAACGGAGAGGUCCCGGAAAAUGACAAGCAUCAUUUUGGAGUCUAUCAUAUUCCUGCACCAGAAGGAUGCACAUGUGAAGGUGCAUGGAGUGAACACUACGGCCCUCCCCAGGGAGAAUUCAGACUUAAA